CAGGUUUGGUUAGGUUCACGGUGAGAUCGUGUUUUCAGUUAAAAUUCGUAUUUGGUUAAGGUUUGAGGACUUUGUCACCAUGGUUACAAUAACAAACGUGGUCGACAUGGACAGGAAACACUCUCAGGUGUUAGAGUCCUGUGUUUUGUGACCGCGUCCUUUGCUCCGUCAUGCUGAACAUGCCUAACAUGUAACCGUGGGUCGUGAUAGGCCGCCGAGCUGAGGAGGUGUGGCCUGUUUUACAGGACCUGCUCUGUGAUGUGGUCUCCGUCCUGAAACUGAAAAAGCUGAAGCUCAAAUCUGAGUGAAUUUUCUGGAACUGCUCUUCAUCUUAGCAGAACACACCCCAACCUACCGCCCAGCUGGCAGAGGUCCAGGUGCAUUGUGGGUCAUGUAGGCAGGUUUUACAAGGAAAAAAUGUUCCAACAUGUUCAAACAUCUGGAACCAAAGAAGUGAAAUGAUCUGAGCACAGGGUGAACUGUGAGCCUUCAGCGCCACCAGCAGGUCGUCACUCCACAUCCACACUCCACCGUGGUCUCUGAAAACCUGAACUGUGAAACCUGCUGGAUCCAGAACAUGAACUGAAGCUGAGGAGGAGGAGGAGCAGGGGGAGGGGGAGGAGUGGGAGGAGGAGGAGGAGGAGGAGGAGGAGGAGUGCUGCUGCUCAGACAGAGAGCAUGAAGACUCACACAGACUGACACACAUGAGGAUCAUCAGGACCAGAUCAGAUGGAUCAGAGCAGGAUCAGCCGCCCAGAACAGCCGACCACAGGCAGGGAGGGGAUGGUGAAGUCUGCCUCAGCUUACGCAGACCUGCAUCAGCACCGACCAGAGGGCGUCCACAGGAAACCGUCCCCCGUGUCCAGCUACGUCUCCCAGCCUGACUACCCAGAGGGAGACCAGGACGACGACCUCAUAAAGCCCAAGAAACUGGUGAAUCCUGUCAAAGCUUCGAAGAGUCACCAAGAGCUUCACCGAGAGCUGAUGAGCAGCUACAAAAGAGGCGGGGUGAGCGUGGAGACGAAGCCGGAGCUGCACAGGGUGCUGGAGUCCAGGAAAAGAGAUCAGCUGAUCAAACAGAGGAAACAGGAGGACGAAGCCCGGAGGAAGAUUUCUCCUCUGGAGGCUGAGCUGCUGAAGAGACACAAGAAGCUGGAGGAGCUGGAAAAGCAGCAGGAGAAGGAGCAGGAGGAAAACCUGAAAGCUCCGGAGUUUGUUAAAGUGAAGGAGAACCUGAGACGAACGUCUUGUCACAGUAAAGAGGAGAAGGAGGUGUAGAGACAGAGCUGCUGUCCUGGACACAAGAGACGGCGAACUAAGAAACAGACUGUCCACAUGUUUACAGGACAUGGUAAGGACAUGCUGAGGGGACUCUGAGGACGCACUGGGACAGAUGUUGACAGCUGAACGGAAAAACUGUGACGUGUCUUUGGAGUGGAGCUGUGAAACUGUGGCGAUGGAGGAUUGACAGCGACAGUCAGAAGCUGCUGAGAGAAAAUCUUCCAGCAGCCGAGGACUCGGGUUUCAUCAACAACACCGAGGACUGGAUUCACACGUCUCACUGGCGUCCUGUCCAGAGGCUCACGGCCGCUGUAGUAUUUAGACGUGUCUGUGACCUGUCACUGGUCAAAGCCCCGCCCACCUCGCUGCUCUGCUGUGAGAAACAUCUUAAAGAUUUUCUUCUUACUACAAAAUACUAAUUUCAUCUAAUUCCAAUACACGGACUCGUAAUUCCAAGAAAACAUUUCGUUCACAGCUGAUUCAUAUCUCGUUAUCAGAGAAGCUCCUCAGGUUCAGUUACUGAACACGGUUACAGGAAACGUACUGAGAAACAAGCUGUUAUCGUGAAAUCAUAGGAUUAUGAAUUUUGUUUUCCUGUAAUCACAAUCACAUGUUGAAUCAUAAUUAAGCAGUUUCAUAUCUCAUGCUCACAGUUUCUGAGUUUUGUUUUAGAGAUGCAAAGUCAAAGUUUCGAACAAAGAUCUGAGGAUUUAAAGAUGAGUGCGACACGUUACACAGAAUCUUUCUGUGCUGUCGUCACACGACACGUUUUUCUUUUCAGUUUGUUCUUUUAUGACUGGAAUUCUUCAGGAACACGUUCAAACAACGAGAGGUUUUCAUCGUCAGGAGUCAGUGCUGCAGGGAACUGAGACUGGACAUGGACUUCGACCAAAAGCUCUGAACAGUGAAGGCAGGACACGUUUUUUGUGUAAGGCCCUUUAGUGCUGAAGAGAAAGCUGUCGUCUGUUUGAACAAACUGAACUUUCACAGGAGAAAUGACCCGUUACAGCUGCUCUGUGACGAGAGAGCGCUCACGAUUUCAUGAUGACAGUUCUUUGAAUCACCAGAUUCAUGUCACAAUCACAACAUGUUAACUGGGUUAAUUACAAUGUUCAAAUCUCAUAUUGAUGUGAAAAGAUCUCAGAUCUUUUUACAAAAUACAAAUGAUAUAAAAUCAUAAUGUACAGAAACUAGUUAGAAGCUCCACACCUGGAAUUAUCUUUGUGAUGAGUGGGAUGUGAGAUGAUAACAGUCCACUGAACAAACAGUCAUCAGCAGUGAUUCAGGUCAACAACGAGGAAACAGAAGCUUUCGUUUGAGUCUCUGACGUUUCACAGAGUGACAGAGUGGAGCAGUGUGCAGGAUGAUGAGUUUUUAUGUUUGAUGCCCUGCGACCUCCUCUCUCAGUCCCAGGGACGUGUCCCUGAAACGUCGUCUUCGUGAACUGUACGAUCACUGAAACUGUUCAGUUUUCAUCACAGAGCACUUUCAACUUUCACCGUGUAAAUAACGAAGAUUAAAAACAGUCGUAUCUUUGUUCGUAUCUGACUUUGAGGUAUUUUCAUUUCGUGACUUUUAAAGUUCAGACUAAUGUUCAGACUCAGUUGAACAAAAACUAGAACCUGACGCACAAAUGUGUUGACUUGAAGAGAAAU